GUCCGUCCUUAAUCCUUCCCUCCCUUCGUCUAUCUAUUUGACUAUAUCUCUCUCUCCUCCUUCCGCUUCUCAGCCUUGCUCUUCCGCCCGCCCACGUAUGUUUCCGCCAUCUCUCUUGCCCUGACAUCACAACUGACAAGAAUUCGAGGGCUACUCGUUGAUGUUCCCUUAGAGAAAAUCAUCAUCGAUUUCAGUUACUUUUUGUCCUCUGUACAUUUCUCUAUCUCCUCCGUCGGUCUCUACCUUAGACAGAGCGGUAGCGGGUUACCUGUCUGGGGGACACUCACAGCUAUGGGUAAUUGGAAGAAUCGCCCGUCUCGGAGAUGGCACUAUAAUCAAGAUAGACGACCUCCCAAAUCGUAUUACGAUUCUCACCCUCCUACUUGUCAAGAGUAUGUUGAGGAUGGUGUUCCUGUAUGGGAAAAGGAGUUCUGUUAUGCUGUUGGUGCAGUACCUUGGCAUAAGGUUGUAGAUGCCAAGAAGUUCUCCUACUGCCAAAGUCAGGUCCUCAAAUGGGAUGACUCAGCCGGAAAAGAGGCAUUUCAUAAUGCCAAAAAACGUUACUGGGCAGUUAUUAAUGGUCUCCCAUGCGACGUACCUCCACCGGAUCCUAAUGCUUGUAUUGAUGAAAUAAAUUGGAAUCCUUAUAUUGACGCUGAACUGAUUCGAGAAUUGGAGCAAGAGUAUUUUGCUCCAGUUGAUGACGAGAGGAACUUCGGUAAUAGAAAGAAAAAGACCAAGAACUUGUUCUCUCAUCCGCUAGAAGGUUGUAGUAUGAAUCCUGGAGACGAUGCGGUGAACCCUUGGGGGGCUCAGAACUUUGUGCAAAUCAGUAGUGCUGCUGUCAAUGCUGAAUGUCAAGGCUGGGGGGAUCAGUGGGAUGAUAACCUGAAAGAAUCUAAUGAUUCAAAUAAAGCUGAUAAUAACCCCUGGGAGAAGGCCUGCCAUCAAGGAGAUGAAGCUGUAGACGGGAGCAGAGGCUGGCCAGUUUUAGGUGAUAAUUCAUUGGGAUGGAACCCUUCUUCUGUCUAUGUUGCUACAAAAUCGAAUGGUUGGGUGAGUGGAGGCAAUACUUGGGAGGGCAACGGUGAAGCUACUAGUAUCCCUUCUAAGACUGAUGGUUGGGGUGAAUUUCGGGAUCGGUCUUGGGGUGAUAAUCGAUAUCAUCCAAGAAGACUGAAAAAUGGUCAGCAACCUAGGGAAGGCAGCUUUGAAGCUAGUGGUACUCAGAAUGAUAGUGGAUGGAGAAAUAAAAGCAGCAGUCAAGCAUGUGUGGGGAAAAAAUGGGAUGAACAUGCUGCUGAGGAACCCAAAAACUCGAACUAUAGAAAGCCAGGUUGGGGAACCUGGAAUAAGGAUUCCUGGAGGAAUGAUGGCGGCCAUCAAGAUGGAACAGGAUACAGCAGGACACGACCUAGGUUUGAUGAUGGUAACUACGAAUAUCGAGCAGGCGGUCACCCUUGGAGGGGUAAGAAGAGGGUAAGUUUUGGUUAUAGCUAAGUAAAAGCAUUUUGUAGAGUAUAUAUAGAAUGUGCCCUUUUGUUAUGUGGGACGAGAGAGUGUCUUGUGGCUUACGUUGUGUUUAUGAAGAAGUGUCUUACGGCGACUUCCCAUCUCCAUCAUCCAAGUAAGUGUUCACUGUGUGUUUUUGCUGCUGAUCAUGACGCAGUUCAGCGUUCUGUAUUUGAUGUCGCAGUUUUGUCUGGUGUCGAAAUUCAUUAAACUAAAAUCAAAUAACCUGUAAUUUGGAUGACGGAAAGACGCACGCUUCCAUAGCUAUAACAAGUUGGUACGUUUUCGAGUG